AGGCGAAACGUGAGGGUGCUCCGUGUUGUCUCGCAGAUAUCGAUUGGAGCCCGGCGUGGGUCCGCGCGCGUCAUGCGGCGAUCAUGAGCGGCAAUACCCUUGCGCGACAAAUUUACGACGAAGGUCCUGGACUCGCGAGCGUGCCGUGGCGGCCAAUUUAGCGCGGAGGUUUGUCGACUGUGUUAAUUUUGAAAUAAUUUAUAUUAUUGCCGGGUUUCCUUAAUAAUGGACCAUGCAAGAAGUACAAGUGAAUGUAUGAAUAUGGAUAUCGCAAAGCAGUCGUUUAUCGCCUAUAGCAUCUUGUUCCAGGGAGCGAUAUGGAAAUAUAAAGACUUGCGUCUGCUGUAAACUUUUCAGUGCGCAGUUAAGCCAAACGAAAUCUGAGAUGGACUCCCCACCGUCAUGUUCACUAAGCGCUGGGCCUCUCAGUGAUCUUGGUAGCAGUGGUUUGGGGGGUUCAAUUUCCAGUGAUUCCGUUCGAGCGCAUCUUGUGAUGGAGAUGCAGGAAAGUGACAUAGAGAGUAAAUCUCUAUCGCAAGAUUCCUUUGAUUAUUCAGACGGCAUGUGCGGCGAGAACUUCAACACUCUGAAGAAAGGCCCAGGUUGGGGCGACGGAGACGGCAAGUUGGAGGUUGAAGUGGUUGAUGUUGCGAUCAAACCCCCACCAGAAUUUCAGGAUAGUCCAUCGCCACCGGACUCGGAGUCUCUAUCGGCGCCGAUUCUUAGCUACGCACGUCUGAUGAGACGCAAAACGCCAAGUUGGAUCGACGAUUACGCUGAAAAUCUGAUGCAGUCAAUAGUGGAAGAAGCAUUAGCUAUUUCUUGCCGUAUCUCUUGGCCUGAGGGAAGAAUUGCACAAGCGACAAUCGCGAUUCCAGUAGUGACGCGGGUCCAACAGACCAAUCCUAAGCGUAUGUGGGACUUGAUAACGCCGCCGGUGUGUCAAAGUGCCGCUACCAUCACCAUCACUCCGUACAACACGCUAAACCGACCGAACUCACGGUGCUCCCUGGCCUCCUCGCGGUUGUCCAGCUCGCACAAUUCUAUCAACACUACCGGACUCGGUCACAAAGUCGAUGACAGUAGCUUUAUCACGUCCGCAAUGUCGCACGACGUAUUGACUACCAGCGAGAUCAGCGACAUGUACAACGUGCCGUUUGAUUCGGACAUCUACACGGUGCCGAUUGACGUGGUGCGACCGUUGCACGAUUUGCGGACCCCGCAACGGCCUAAACGGCAUCGGCAUCAUCGCAAAAGACGGCGAAAUGUUUCCGCGAGUUCGCAGAGCGAGCUGGAAGCGCACAUCCAGCAAGCGCGCCAUUAUUGCGGCAAGUCCCGUGCCAUCACGCAUGUGAUUAAAUCGCAGCGUUUGCUGGCUGACGUGUGCUGCAACGAGGGCAAUCCCGGUAUCGGUAAUAGUGGCGGUGGUGGCGGCGGUGGCACUGGCGGGAGCGGCGGUGGCAAACGGCACAGUGUGCCGGGUACUUCUGGUCGUCACAGUGUCAGAACAUCGAACGGUCACGCUCACAAUAUCGGCGAGCCGAUUCACAUGACGUUGCACGAGGUGCGACAGUACCUGCAGACGCUGUACUCGAGCUCGAGCGAUUCCAGCGAGAACAAGAUCAAGCGAGACAAAGCACCGAUGCUAGGUCAUACACCGGUGCAUCUGGCUGCUACACCCAAACCUCUUAGUGUAAAUAAUAAUAAUAGGUAUAAUAAUAACGCGCACAUAGACUCGUCCACGGACACGCCGGUGUCCAACAAGAGCACCAGCAACGGGCUGAUGAUUCAUCAUCACAACAAUAAUAACAAUCACAACAAUAAUUCCAAUAAUGCGAAAAAGCACAAGAGGAACGCGUUCGUCGGUAUCAGGCACAAAAAAGCCCGCGACGAAUCGCACAAGGAAAAGAGCGAAUCCGAGCGGGAAAAAAUGAAGAAGAGCCAGCGUAAUUUCUCAUUGAAUCUCAAACAGACGCUUUGCAACAUCUUUCGAUUUCGACGGCUGGGGUCGCCGGAUCACUUUGUGGAGAAACGUAACAGCAUCGUGCAAGGAGAGAUCGUCGAGGAGGAGGAGAGCGUCGAUUCCGAUCAACAUGCGAACAACAACAAUACCGCUACGUCUGAGACGGAGCCGUCCGCGCAGAAGUUGCCGUUCUUCAAACGCGCCUUGCCACCUCUACCGAAGAGUAACAGUCAAGUGGGCGUAGAACAGGCGGAGGAAGCCCUCACGGCAAUGGCGCCCAAGUGCGAGUCUCCGAGCUCGGUGCAACAACAAGUCCCGCCGUCCAUCGCGCGACCCGAAGAGGAGACCGUAGAGGAUACCAGUAUGGACUUUGCCGCCAGUAUUGAGAAAGUGAAGGAUUACGGAUGGUACUGGGGACCCAUAUCCGGCGAAGCAGCGGAGAAAAUAUUGUCCAAUGAGCCGGACGGCUCGUUCAUCGUACGGGACAGUAGCGAUGAUCACUAUAUCUUCUCUUUGUCGUUCAGACUCAACAGUUGCGUGCGACACGUAAGAAUAGAACAUGAUCAGGGUAAUUUCAGCUUUGGCAGUUGCACCAAGUUCAAGUCACACACGAUUGUUGAUUUCAUUGAGAACGCGGUCGAGCACUCACGUAGCGGUCGCUACCUCUUCUUCCUGCACCGCCGACCGGUCUUGGGUCCAAUGCGAGUGCAACUGCUCCAUCCAGUAUCGCGUUUCAAGCAAGUGCAAAGUUUGCAGCACACCUGCAGAUUUGUUAUUCUGAAAAUGGUGCGUAGGGAUUUGAUACCGACAUUGCCGCUACCUCGCCGGCUUAUUGACUAUCUAAGCACGCCGCAUUACUACAGCGAGCAACUCGCGGCCGAGCAAGACGACCGAGCCGAGUCACCGGUCAGUUCGUCGACCGGUGAACUCGAAAAGAUCUGCUUCACACCGCAAGGCCUCUCGUGAGGCACAGCUGUGUGAUUGUUUUCCUCCAAUCUGCUCCCUGUACAGACACUCGCGUUGAACGCCGGCACCGACUUUAGCGCGAAUUUAACUCACAGGUUAAUUGAAUUUUCAACAAAACAUAAGUUUUUGUUCAACUUAAACUUGUUGACGCUCAAGAAUUCAAUAGUUACUUGAGCAAAGUUCUGCUUGAACGCGGAAUUUUGUCUUUGUGACUUUGGAUGACUGACGCGUGCAAUAAUUUAUUUUCAUAAUAUAAUUAUUAUUUUGCUUAAGUACGAGAAUCUUUUUAUUAUACUUGUACACAUUGUAUAAUCAAAGUUUUAUCUAUCGUGCAACAAUUUAAUUUUGUUAUUUGUUCGUUACAUAAUCAAUGGUUUAAUUAAUUAUUGCAGUAACUCGCAUCA